CCGUGUGUGGAACUGGAAAGUGGAAAGAAACAAAUGGCUUCACGUGUUCCUCGAAUGCAGAGACAAGAGUGCAAGUCAGAAUCAGAAAAACCAAAUCCGGAAGAAAUCUGAGAGAGUGGUGAGAAGUGAGAAGUGAGAAGUGAGAAGACAAGCAUGGGUUCACGCUCCACCACGCUUCUCUUUUGUCUCCUCUUACUCCUAACCCACUCACUCGCACUCGCACUCGCACUCGCAGAGACUCUGCACCGCAGAGUAAUACCCGGCUUCCUCUACAGGCGCAGCAGAGGCAGAUGCACGGCGCAGUUCUGGAGCGAGAGGAGGGAGGCCUGGCCUCGGAUGGUGCCGGAGACAUCGACGGUGUCGAAGGUGUUCGGGUCGAGGGUGUACGAACGCUACAGGUGGGAUCUGACGUUGGUGGAAGCGACGGCGAGGAACGAGGAGGAGAGUAACCCCUUCGGAGGGUUGGUGAAGGAGGGAAGCGCUGCGCUUCUGAACUCGUACGCGAGAGAUGGUUUCCCUUACAAGCCUUGGCAGGUCAAGACUUUGGUCAUUCGCGCCUUGGUUUCUCGCACUCAAGCUGCUUCUCAAGCCAAUCAAUUCUUGUUGGCUAACCAGGCUUGCUCCUAAUUAACCUCUUUAUGGCUUUACCCUUUUCUUCGAUUCACUACUUUGUGACCUGAUUAAGGCAUAUCAUUCCAAUGCCAAUAUUUGAUUGCUACUCAUUUCUUGUCUUAUUACCCAAAUUUCUCUUUCAUAGGACUCAAGACUCGAAUAUAAGUGUUGAAUUGUGUUCGAAUCGUACUAUGGAAAGUUUUAAAUAUAU